UUUCAUCUAUUCUUGCUGCAGGUAGAUGCAAUUGUAGAGUUGCAGCUGCGCCACGGAUCUUAGUCUCCAAAUUUACUGAAAUGGCUGGACAAUCUGACCCUCAUCUGUCACUUUUCUCUGCAGCAGAGGUGGAGUUUCUGGCGGAAGAUGAAACGUUGGAGAUUGUCCCCAAUAUGAAAAUGGAUGCUCUAAAUUUUAUUUGUGGCGAUUAUGGUCCUUUCUAUCCGCAAAUAACCAUUGAAGUACCACUAUGGCUGGCUGUGGCUUUGAAGAAGAGAGGAAAAUGCACUAUUCGGCCUCCCCAGUGGAUGUCCGUUGAAAAAUUAACACAGGUCUUAGAAGCUGAGAGGGACUCUCCUCGAGAAUUUCAGCCACUACCAUUCCACUACGUGGAAAUUUCGAGGCUCCUGUUUGAUCAUGCUCGUGAUGACAUCCCAGACAUGUAUAUGGUGAGAUCUCUUAUUGAGGACAUCAGGAAUGUAAGAUUUCAUAAGGUUGAGACUGGCUUAGAGACAAUUUCUGCUCGUACACAUGCAGUCAAGCUAAAAAAUCUGUCUGCAAUGGAAGUGAAUAUAGUACGUCCUUUUGUUGUGAGAACCUUGCAAGCUUUCUAUAAGCAUGAUAGUCCACAGAUGAUACAACACCCAGACAGAAUGGCAAAUAGACAACCACAAGUAGCUGAUCGUGGACCAAGGCGGGAUUUGCGGCGGCGUUAAAUGUCCAAAGCUCUUAUUUGGGCUCUGCAGUAACAUGGUUGGUCACUAACUACCUCAUCUAAACAUAUUUCCCUUUUUUCUUGUAAGAAACAGUCUUUUGCUGGGCCAUACUGUUUCUGAGAGGUUCAUCUACUCCCUAUGAUUUGAGAACUUGCAGAACACUAUCAUAUCUUUCAGAAGCAAGGAAUCUUCAUUUCUUUAUCACUAA